CAGCGCCACGGGCGGUGGACGGAGGAGGAGCACCAGCAGUUCCUGGAGCUCAUGCAGAAGUACGGGCGGUCCUGGACGAAGAUCAGCCAGGUCAUGCUCACGCGGAGCGAGCCGCAGGUCCGGAGCCACGCGCAGAAGCACUUCCUCCGCGUGAACCGC